AUGGCGAGAUCCUCCAUGGGCGUAAUCGCCAGACGGUCUACCGUCCUCCUUCUGAGCUUCAUAGCCAGCAUUCAUCCAAGCCGUGCUUUCGCAUUUGAUCCUUCAGACCUGCUCCCUCGAAGUUCAGGGUCUUGUCCCAGCUCUUACAACACCUGCGGGGGCAGUCUACCGGAUACCUUCUGCUGCCCUUCCACCUCAACCUGCGUCAGCCUCGAUGAUGCAAGCUCGGCCAUAUGCUGUCCAUCCGGAGCCAAUUGUGACUACAUCUCACCCAUCGUCUGCGAUGUCCAAGAACAAAACGCAACCGCACACCCCAAAAGCACAGUCAAGACAACCAAACUCAAUGCUUCCCUCCCCACAUGUGGAAGCGCCUGCUGCCCCUUCGGAUAUACAUGCCAAGGGAACAGCACCUGUGCCUUGAACACGAAGACUUCAAGUACAGCCACAUCUUCAAACUCCUCAACAACAUCUUCUUCUACCACCACAGACACAACCGGCACAACAUUCACACCAGUCUCCUCACCAUCAUCCUCCUCCUCAAAUUCCACAUCCACGGCAUCCCUCUCAUCAACAUGUCCCUCCUUCCCAACAAAAGCCGUCCUAGCAGGCUUCUUCCCCGGCGCCAUCUUCGGCGCAAUCCUCGCCAUCCUAAUAACCCUCUGUCUCCGACACCGCACCCAAAAGCAAAACCACCACACAGACCCAAAAGGCCUCCACUGGUCCUCCCGCUCCUCCUCCGGCGCAGUAAUGGGAAUAUCCGGCCCCAUCGCCUCCGAAGACAACUCCUACCGAACAGACUUCCUCCUCCGCACCCCCGCCUCACGACGCUCCUCAACAGGUGGCCGCUCAAUGCUGUACCGUACCAAUUCACGCAUCAGAAGCCUCUUCUUCGGCCAACCACGAACAGACAAGGACGUUCCUCCCGUGCCGGAGGUACAGGUUCAACAAUGUCCUGCUACACCUCCGUGCCAACGUCAGCCUAGUACAGAGAGUAUCAAGGUGUAUUCGCCGCCAGGAGCGUUCUCGCAGUCGAGGAAAUUUUUGGGACCGGAGCCGUAUCCGGGGACGAUUUCGAGGCCUGAUACUACGUUUACGGAUUUGGUGCAGGCUGUUGGGUUUAAUGAUUCGAAGGGGAAUCCUUCGUACAAACUUAGCGAGUUUAAGGAGGUGAAGUUGUGA